AUGCAGGAAGAUGACAGUGCUGCAUUCGCAGCUUUGGGGACCGAUCUGCUGAACUGCAUCUUCUGGCCGGUGGUGAGGAGGGCCUUUCUUCGUGUGAGACAGCAUCCUGGGCUUGUGGCCGAGAUGUUCUACACGGCCCUGAUCCGAGACCGCCGCGAUGUCCGGGGCCCGGCAAGCAGAGCCUGGCGCGAUGCCCAGGCUUUCGUGUCGCGGAACUGCGUUACGGCCAUGAGCCCCGCUUGGCAUGCUGCCAUGAUCACCGGCCGCACGGCCACCAGCGGUACUUUCGCUGCGGCCGGGCUUGCGGCCGAUGCGUUAUCUACCGGCUUCGAGCUGAACCGGAUGCCAGGAAACAUCGUUGAAUUCAGGGUAGGUCUCGACGUGUCAGGUCCUUGCCGUGUCCUAGCGGACUGCAGCAAAGAACAGGCAGCCGUUUCAAUGUUUGUUUGUUCCUCGCCAUCGAACUUCCACCGUAUCCAUUGUCUCUUUCCAAGCUUUCGUGAGCAGCUGCACUUUACUCCGGCAGCCAUUUCUCAGAGGGGUGCGUCGACUUUCGAUGCCGAGAGGCCGAUCGGCCCUCACAGCAGCGGCUCCCUGGACUUGGUUCGGGAUGAGCCAGAACAUCGCCUUGGGAACUUGGGGCUCUACGUGCGCCUUGUGGGCGGCCCACCACAUGGCCAGGAAGCCAUUGGUGGGCAGACGGAUCGCUUUGUUGUGGAGGAGGAUCAGCGGCAGCGCGCGCGCCUUCACUGGAGAAGCCGGGAGGCUUCGACAGAGAAUGGCGGCUCCCGCGCUUGGUAUGUGAGCAGCGCCUUCUCACCUUGGGAGCCAUCGGCUUCCGUCUGCGAGACGCUGGGUUGCGAGGCAGUGGAUUGGGUAUGGGCCGGUCUCAACGCAUCCAUCCUUUCAGUGGGCUUGCAGGCAGAUGCUCGAGACGUACUGUUCUCGGCACCUCCCACAGCCGAUGGACACAGCCCAGGUGCAAUCCUGCACUCAAAGCUGAAAUGCUUCACCAGAGAUGGCCUGCUGGGCUUCGCAGUCCAGGAGCUGUGUCGCCAUGUCGACGCCGCAGAGACCGCCAGGUUUCGUCUCGGGCUGUCCAUCUGGGAGCUCGAUGGCAACACGGUGAAGGACUACUUCGCUGGAGUCGCAGAGGACGCCCACCUGCCCUUUGGCCCCUUCGGGGUCGUCGGCUUCGCCACGCCCGAUGAAGCCUUGGCCUUGUGGGAGGCGACCCAGGAGCCGCAGGGUCACAGCCCGACUGCAUCGGCCGGCCGAGGGAACACGAAGCACCUGUUUGUGCGAAUCCUGGUGCUCGACGUGCCGAAGAGGUCCAUGGCUGCGUUGCACCUAGUCCAGAUUGCUGGGUCGGACGCCUCCGGCAAGGAACUCCCCGUUGACUGCGAGGCUCUCCAGCGACUGCUUCGGAGCCUUUCCUCGGGGGCCGAGCCCGAGACUUCGGGGGGGCUGCCACAGGCUCUCUUGCCGCUGCUUGGAGGAAACUGCAAGCCCUUCCUCCUGUGCACCGUGCCGGAGCGACCGGGCACCGGCUAUUCCGAGGUGCGCGAUCUCCUCGACGUGGCCGAGCGCGCCGCGCUGCUGAUCACUGCACAGUGCAAGCGCGUGCAGGGUCUCCCAGCAGACGCCUUCCGCCUAGUCGGACCGCAGCAGUGGCUUGCGUGCAGGCGCGUGGCUGCAAGGGAGGAGUUGGAGAAGGAGGUCUCCUUGCAAGGUGCACCCAGGGACGUGGCUUCCGCCUGCGCAGAGGGCAUCGGCAGGACUUCUCCAGCACCGGCUCUGACAGCGCCCCCUGCUUUACGAGGCGCUCGCAUUGGCAGCCCCCGGGAUGACUUGUCCGACGUGGUGAGGUACGAAAGGCCGCUGUCGGCAGCCGCUUCACCAGUUCGCAGCCCUGGGCCGGGCCAUAGUCCGUCCCGGCCGUCCCGCAGCCCGAGGCCGGCGGCUGCCUGUGGCCCUGGCACCGACACCUGCGACCGGGACUCCCCUGGAGGUCCUGUGCUGCGCGAGGCCGCAGCAGCUGAGGCACGUGCGGAGCUUGCUGCGGCCGUGGCUACACUCAGGGCCAAGAACCGGGCAAAGGCGGAGCGGCGGCAGCGCGAACUGGCCGACAUCCACGCCGAGAAUCAAGCGAUCCUGCAGGAGAUAGAGGCCAUCGAGAAUGCGACUGACGCCUCAGAGCUGCUUCAGGCCUUUCGGGGCGAAGCGCAGUCUCUGCGGAAGCAGGUUGAGAUGCUGAAGAUGGCGAAUGCUUUCCUGGCCGGCUUGCACGGAGAGGACAAGAGAUACGCCGCACAGAAGGAAGCCUUGAAAACGCUGCAGCAGGAGGCUUCCCAGCUCUCGGCUUCCCGCAACGCCUUGGAGAAAGGAGAAAGGCGCGCGGGCUUGGUGCAGAGAUGCCUGGAAGAGGUACACGCCAGGCUCGACACGGCCAAGAAGCGAAAGCUGGAGGCCGAAGAGGAGAUCUCCCGACUCCGGCCGGCCUACGCGGAGCUAGGUCGCCAGCUCGAGGUCGCGGAAACUGAGCGUCGGUGGCUGCAGGGAGAGUUGGACAAGAUGAGGCAAACGGCCAGCGGCCUGCGAACUGAGAUCUCCCAGUUGCUCGAGGUGCGCGGCGCCAUCAAUGCGCUUCCCCCACAGGAUGUCUCGGUGCAGCGCAAGGGCGCAGGAUUCGCAGGCAGCCUAGAACGCUUCGCUGCUCUGCAGCGGCGCUUGGCCACGGCUGCGCCUCAUCUCAUGCCCCUCUGCACGCGGGCCAGAUCCGAAAUGGAGGACCUGGUGCAGUGCAUCCAGAAGCUGGAGGAGCGGCAGCGGCGUCUUCAGCAGGUUGCACCGCAGUGCGGCGUGCCCCUGCCGAGCCAGGCGGAUGAUGGACUGGCGGCCUCAGAAGCCUCCGUGGCCUCGCGAAAAGGCACCAGCGCCCGACGGGUCCGGAGCACGGAGACCAUCGAAAAGUGCGGCAGCAAUGGCGUCCUCAGUGACGUCAUGGGACUAAAGAGGCAGUCGCAGCGUUUGCUGAGAUCGCCCGGCAGCGCCGAAACAUUGGGCGCCAGGUCAGCCCGCUCCUCCGUCACGGGGACCCCAGGAGGAGCCUGGCGAGCGUUCGCCUCUCCCUCUGCCUCUACAUUGGGUGCGGGGAUGCGGGAAGCAGACCGCUGCGCAAUGCAGAGCGACGAUGGGCAGCCCGAGGGGCCAGAGUCCUCUCCAUGCUCCAGCUGCCAGCAUUGCGGGCGCAGCAAGCCGGAAAGCUCCAUACGAGCAUGCUGCGUGAGCUGUGGAGCUGUCUUCGCCGCUGAUGCACAGUUCUGCCAACAAUGCGGCAGCAAGCGGUACCAGGAGCAGGUCUCCCAGGCCUCCGUGCGAACGCGCAGCGUGGGCAUCCGAAGUACCGCAGGCACACUGCAAGACUUGGGCAUUCAGGUGCCACCGGGCCAGGCUACUGACGUGCAAGUACAUCUGGCCAAGGCCAAGGCGGCAGUCCCUCGGGCUACUCCCGGGUGGAACUCCGCAAGAAGGACAGCGGCUUCGAAGAGCUGA